CAUUCACCAACUUUCCUUCCGCGGUUAGAAACUUAUUCAUAACUCAAAUAUCACUUAGGCCACCUCAACCCGCGGACAGUUGGUGGGACGAACAUCAAAGAUCAUGUCGAGGCAAAUUUACCAAAAUAUCCGAACCUCCCAAGAAAGAAUCAAAGAGUGUGAAGCGAAAACGCGACACGAAUGAUGUUGACUCUAACGCUAAACUUGACAGAUGGUUUGGAAAUAAAAAAAAGGUUUCAUCUGAAAAUAAUCCUUUAAGCCAAGAGGAAUCUGGUGUUAUUGAAAUAAAUUCAGGUGACGAGGCUUCAUCUUCCUCUGGAGUAUCAUCACAAUUUGCUCAGUGUCCAAUUUGCGGCAAUAGUACUAUCAAGAAAUCAGAGAUCAAUGAACACGUGAACCUAUGCAUUUUGUUAUCAGAGGCAGAUGAGGAACUGAAGGAGCCGAUCGUCUUGUAA